CCUGAAAUUGAACUGUGUUAGGCACAAAUACACAAUUAUUCGGUAUAUUAGUUCAUGCAUGGUAUUUUACUUCUAUAACGUUUAGGUUUUGUUGAAGAUUCGGACAUAAUUAUUUAAGAGAGCUUCAUUCAUGUUUGCCAGCAGCACUCAUUUAAAAUUUUGGACCUUCAGUGGUGAAAAUGAAAUAAAGCAACUGAGAGCAGAAACAAGUGAAAAAUAUCUUGCAAAACAUGCCAGUGGUUUGUCGGAAGAAGAAAGAGCUAAAGAAUUCUUGACACAAAGUGAAGAAAGACAACUGGUCAGACAUUUUGAAUAUGUAUUAAAAGAGUUCUGUGGUAAAUUUCAACCUCCAAUGCCCAAAUGUGUUGUUGGUACAUCUUUAGCGUUCUUCAAGAGAUUUUAUGUUCACAAUUCUGUCAUGGAUUAUCAUCCAAGAGACAUCAUGUUGACAUGUAUGUAUCUAUCAUGUAAAGUAGAAGAAUUUUAUGUUCCAAUUGGUCAGUUUGUCAAGAACUUAAAGGGCGAUAGAGAGAAAUUUGCUGAUAUAAUUCUUGGUUUUGAAUUAUUAUUGAUGCAGAAGAUUCAUUAUCAUCUUACUAUACACAAUUCAUUUCGUGCUUUAGAAGGACUUCUCAUUGAUUUAAAGACAAGAUAUAAAGAUCAUUGUGAUGCUGAGAAAUUAAGAAAAAUAGCUGAGGAAUUUAUAGAUCAAUCUCUUGGUACAGAUGCUAGUUUAAUAUUCUCACCAUCACAGAUUGCUCUUUCAGCAUUGUUAGCUAGUUCAUCUAAAGAAGGAAUUAAUCUUGACAAUUAUGUUACUGGAACAUUGUUGCUUGGUUCUUCUGAAGAUGAUCUACAGAAAACUAUUUAUCAAGUUAAAAGAAUUCGAUAUAUGAUUAAAAACCAAGAACCACUACAAAGAGAACUGAUUCAAAUUAUACAGAAAAAACUAGAAAAAUGUCGAAACCAGGAAAAUAAUCCAGAAAGUGAAAUUUAUAAAAGAAAAAUGGAAGAAAUGAUAGAUGAAGAUGAUGAAAUAAGAACACAGAAAAGAGCCAAAUUAAAUGAGGGAAGAGAGACAGACCAUGAGUUGUUUGGACCUCUUAAUCCGAUAUAAAACCCUUUAAGAUGAUUGUAAUGAUAUUUUCAUCAUCAAAUUAUUAUUAUUAUAUCAUGGAAUAAGAAUGUUAGAACAGCUAUAAACCAUUGUAUACACAUGGUUGAAAAGAUCACAGAUAGAAUAGUGAAUGAAAUGGAUUGAUGGAUAUCUGUAUAUUUGUUGAAAACUUGUGUUCUGGAGGGGAAAUGAAUUCAUGUAUGGAUUAUAAUAGGUUAAAAUGGAGUAUCAGUAGAGACGUUUUAUUGAGUUACCAGAUAACUCCUGUUCUUUAUUACUUAUACAAUUGUUAACAUUUGAAUAAAAGAAACUUAAAAUUG